AAUAAAAGAGAGCCAAGUUGUUAUGACCUGCACUUGUUGUUGUUGUUGUUGUUCCUCCUCUUUCUGCUUUCUCUCAUUAGCCACUGGUGGCGAGGGGUGAGUUGGAUUGGAGGGGCAUCAUCUGACAGUGUAACCGGUGCCUCUUUGUCUUCUUUGCCAGGGAGAGGACACCAUUUUCCCAUUUUCUCCUCUCUCUCUCUCUCUCUCUCUCUCUCUCUCUCUCCUUUUCUCUGCUUUUUUGUGUGUGUGUGUACUGGCCACAUUCUCCAAUCCGGUUUCUGGUUUUUGAGGAGGCCUCGUGAUCUCUUUGGGAUACUAAAAAAGAAGAAAAAAAGGAAAGAAAGAAAGGAAAAGAAAGAAAAAAAAAAGGAAACUGCCCAAGUAUUGAUUUUGGACUUGUUCUACCCACAGAUGCUGUUGGGUGCAGAGUUUUGGGAGGUGGGUUCUUGAGUUCUCGGCACAAUGAGGUAGGAGGGUCUCCAUCUCCUCCUCCUCCUCCUCCUCCUCCUCUUCUUCUUCUAACUUUUCUUUCUAAAAACUUGGGUGUUUUUUCAUUGAUGAAUCUGUGAAGACCCAGUUUGGUGGUUUCCUUCUUGAUCGGCUGUUGUUGUUGUUGUUGUUGUUGUGGGCUUCUUCUUCUUGAUUCCCUGACAUUGCAUCUGGGUUGAACCCAUUCAAGCUCUUCUGUGAGUGAGUGCAAAUAUUUGUGACACUAAAACCCUCCCGAUCCCCCUCUCAUCUGCAUCUGCAUCUGCAGUAGAAGGGAGCUGCGCGCAUCCUAUUCGACGAAAAGCCGGAGAGAGGAGGUUUGAUCAUUGCAAUCAGGAUGAGGGAUUUCCCUUCUUGCUUCGGCGAGAGCGGAGUUCAGGUCGCCGACGCCUCGUCGGGCGGCGCGGCGGCGAGCAAAGCACAUCAGAAUCUGGUGACUUGCCUCUACCGGACCCAAUUCUCCGGCCGAUCCUGCGUGAUCACCCUUGCCUGGAGCAAGAACCUGAUGGGGCAGGGCCUCAGCAUUGAAAUCGAGGAUUCGCCUUCCGGCCGCUGCUUGUGCAAGGUCGAGAUUAAGCCGUGGCUCUUCUCGAAAAGGAAAGGCUCCAAGGGCUUAGAGGCCGAGAAUGGCAAAGUUGAGAUCUUUUGGGACCUCUCGGCCGCCAAGUUCGGACCCGGGCCUGAGCCGUUGGAAAAUUUCUACGUAGCCGUGAUCUUCGAUCUCGAGAUGGUCCUCUUGCUCGGCGAUCUCACAAAGGAGGCGUACCGUAAAACCGGCGCGAGCCCUCCUCCUUCAAAUGCUUCUUUUAUCGCCAAGAGAGAGCAUGUAUACGGAAAGAAAGUGUACUAUGCGAAGGCGCAGUUCUGCAAUAAUGGCCAAUCCCAUGAUCUUGCGAUCGAGUGCGAUACAGCCGGACUGAAAGACCCGUGCCUCGAGAUUCGCGUCGACAAGAAGCGGGUGAUGCAGGUGAAGCGGCUGGCGUGGAAGUUCAGGGGGAACCAGACGAUCUUAGUCGAUGGUUUCCCCGUGGAGGUGUUCUGGGACGUGCACAAUUGGCUCUUCGGAUCUCCUUCCGGGAGUGCGGUGUUCAUGUUUCAGACGUGCCAGUCUGCCGAGAAGCUGCUGUCAUGGUCAUCUUCUCAAAUUUUCGGAGAUUCCCAACCACAAGGGGCUCUUGGUUUUUCUUUGAUAUUAUAUGCGUGGAAGAAUGAGUAGGUGUAUACGGGAGGAUUCUUGAUAUAUGCGAUUUCUCCUGUGAGUGCUAACAAGAUGUUUUAGUGAGUGAUUUGUUUUGAAAAUGUGCUUGAGGCUUCGCUCCUUUUUCCCCCCCCCCUUUUUUCUUUACCAUCUCUUCUAAAUUGAUCUGUUCCAAUAGAUUGGCAACAUUUUCUGAAUUUGAAUUGGUCUACUACUUUAGCUUGUAUCUAGUUGAAUAGGUUUUAAAGAUUGCAGUGCCCUCAGAAACAAGUAUAUAUGUUUUUAUGGAAACUGAAUGGAAGAUUAAUACAGAAAUUGUGUGAUGAAGCUGAGUCUGGAAAGACGAUGAUUUUUUUCUUUUCGUUCUUCGUUCUUUCUGACUGACUUGUCAUUGCACCUCACUGCUGUAACUAUCUGAGCUGUUGUAUUUAGAACUUGUGUCUUAUCUAAUUCACUCUCCACAUGGUGUUCUUAGUUGCUACAUCGUAGCCAAAUAUUGCCUCUUUUCUUGACAGUGUGAGGAAUGAUAAACUGAUUCCUGUAGCAUCAUGACUCUGCACAUUAAUGUGCUCUGGUGCUGAUACCCUGUUUAAGUAACCCCACUUUGCUGAGAAUGAAGGUUCGUCGUGAAUGGAUCUAUCAAGGAGCGUAGAUGAUUAUUAUGGAAAUUCUGGACUGUGAAACUGCUACUUGAGUGAAUUGGAUGUCGACCAACUGUUUCCCUGCAGUUUGGAAACUACAAAGGAUUAGCUCUUUCAGCAGUAGCGUAAGCUCCUUAAUUUACAUCGACUGAUCGGCAACGCAUGUGUUAGUUUUUUCAUUUGUUGUGACAACAACUCCUUUGAGGUCAACAAGAUCUAAUUAUCUUUAAUUAUUGUUAAAGGAGCUGCUUUACUAUGUGGUGUAGCACUAAAAAAAGCGAAGAUCCUGCAUUCCAUACUCUGGACUGGGUUGCUAUAUUCUGUGCUCCGAUAUCUACAUGCUUGGAAUUAUCAGGAAAGUGGGGAAAAAAAAAAACAUUUUCCAGUAAAGUGAAGUAGGGUCGAAGGAUCUGCAAAUGUAAAAUUCAAGCAGAAGAUAUGGGAGUUGGUGUGCAGAGAACAGCAUAUUUUUAGUAACAAAAUAGGCAGGUAGACCCUUGGUUUGUUCUAUUGCCAAGUCAAGGAGAGAUAGGCCAUCCUCACAAGGAAUCGGAUUCCGAUUCCCGUUCCACUCUGGAAUGGGCAUGAUCGAAUUUAUUUAUGCCCCAAUCCGGAUUUGAAUUCCGGAUUGGUCCAUUCCAAAGUAAACCACUCAAAACUCUUUCUUACAAACACUCUCCCUUCCUCUUCCUUCAUCAAUCUUCUCUUUCUUAACCAAAACUCUCUUCCAAAAUUUCAGAUGUCAUUCUGAUUUCCAAUCCAAUAAUUAAUGAAGUAAUUUUAAAUUAUUUGUCAUUCCAUUUCUCAUUCCAAUGCAAUCCAAUUUCAUUUUCUAUUCCAGUGUUUAUUUGUUGAAUUCCUCAUUAGUAGAAAUUCUUGGUUAUAGGUGUGUUAUGACUGUUUUGCUGAAAAAAGACAUGGUUAGGAUUGUGUAAACCAUCUCCAUGUAUGAGAAUGUGUUUAUUUAUCGAAUUCCUUAAUUGUAGAAAUUCUUGAAUUUUAUAGAAAAUAAUUUACGAUAACAACAAGGCUAUCAUGGUUAGAGUUGCGAAAACUAUCUCUCUGCAUGCGAAAGUAGUAUUUUCUUUAAUUUUCUUUUUUAGUUAGUAUAUAUAUUUCGAGCGCAUUAAAAUUAACCAGAUUGCCUAGAGUGAAGAAGGUUGUGCAUAAUUGGAUGUCUUUUUCUUGAAGAAAAUCUUGCUUUAUUGCUUAUGAUGAUAUAUAGAGCAAGAAGCAAGAAAUAGCUUUUGGAGGGGAGAGAGAGAGAGAGAGAGAGAGGGAAAGUGACGUGGUACCAAAAUAUAAUACCUAAUUCAUGAUUGGACUGCAGAGGAAUUAAUGGGAAUGUGGCAGAGGAAUGGUGAAAUAGACUUCACCCAAGGCCUACAGCAAGCCAUUUUGUUUACUACAACCUUUCAACCCCCUCUCCUAUUUCUUUGCCCUCAUUCUCCAUCCACAAAUGAGGCAACAAACAACAAUAAGAAGCAGCCACCCCUACUCACCUAUGGGUUGGCUUCACUCCCUCUUCUCCCCACUUAGGAGGUUGUGGCUUCGUAUGCACUCCGCGCGCAACAAGAAUAGGGGGAUAUAUAUUCUCUACGAUGACGUGAAGUCGUGCCAGUGCGAGGAUGUGCAGAUUCUUUGGUCGAUCCUCGUGGAGUCGCAUCCACACCCGACUCCGCUCCGAUUGAAGCAAUGAGGUUUUGCUUGCCCAUGAGAAGGAAGAGAGGAAGAGCAUCAGAUGAGCGAGGUUUGAUGUAAAUAUUAUAUAUUUAAGUAUCAACUGAGGAGAUAACCUAUUUCAUAUAUCUCAUGAGAGAGAGAGAGGACUCUUGUGUUUAGUGAAUGAGGGUGAUAUUUUGUACAUACAUACAUUAUGGCACGAACAUACACACAUAUACAUACAUAAGUGCAUGCAUAAAUACAUUGAAUAUAUGAGGAACUAAUACAAGAAUAAAUUUAUUAAGGA